GCCCCAGAUUUCACACCCCGCAUUUGUACCCUGCAUUUUCCCAUGCGCCUUUGCGCCCCCAUUUUGGAGCCCGCAGUUCCUGGGCUCAGAGUCUUGUUUUUUAUUUAUUUUUGUACCAGGACCUUGAGCUUGCCGGGCAGGUGCUGUGCCGCUGAGCUCCAUCCCCCUCACAGGGUCCUUGUUUUGAAGGAGACCACGUUUUGUUUUGUUUUGUUUUGUUUUGUUUGCUUUUGGGGACGGGGUCUCUGCUACGCAGUGCAGGCUGACCUUGAACUCACUGUGUAGCCCAGGCUGGCCUGGCCUCACGGGGAUCCUCCCGCCUCAGCCUCCCCGUGCUGGGCUGACGGGCCUGCGCCACCACAUGCCUUUCCUCUGUCCCCAGCGUGGCCUGCCUGGAGGACGGAGAGGCAACAGGGACCGGGUGGGACCCCCGUCCUGUCCUGCUGUCCGUCACAUCAGAUUGUGAUGCGACAGAAGGCUGUGGCUGAGUCAGGGGGGUCUCCGGGAGGCCCUUGGCGGUGAGCAGGCAGUCAGCGGGGCACAGCCCGGGGCACAGGGCGGGCGGCAGGGAAGAUGCUGGCACGGCCGCCGCCCGCCUGGCAUGGCUGAGCCGCACACACCCUACGCCUCCCUGCGGACGCUGCUCGCGGGCCUCCAAGGCCUGGUGGCUGCAUCUGGCGUGAUCCUCAUCGGCCUGGGUAUUGGCGUCAGCUAUGGAGAGGCCACCCUGACCAGGGUCAUGGGUCCAGCGUCCACGCAGCACCUGCACCUCGGCCACCUAUACCUGAGCUUGGGCUGCACCCUGCUGCUGCUGGCCCUGGUCGGGUGGUGCAGUGCGAAGCAAGCCAGCCGGGGAGGCCUCUUGUUCUACCUCGUCAUCUUGGUUAUCAUUUUCGUGGUGCAGAUCACGGUGGCCUCAGUGGUCCUGACUCUCUUCCCGCUGGUUCGAGAUUUGGCCCUGGAGCACAACGUGGUCACCCUGCGGAAAAAUUACAGGGGCUACAAGCAGCCAGACGACUUCUCGGCACAGUGGAACUCGGUCAUGGAGAGGCUAAAGUGCUGCGGGGUGAACAACUACACGGAUUUUCCCGGCUCUUCCUUCUCGGUGGUGACCGGCCACGCCUACCCCCGGGGCUGCUGUAAAUCUCCGGGCAUCGCUGUCUGUGACGGGCGCAAUGUGUCCUCCAGCGUCAUCCACCAGGAGGGACCUCAGCAAAGGGGCCUGGGGAAGACAGAAAUCAGCUCGCGUUCAGCUCUUUUGCUAGUGUGUCCUCUUGAGAACGGCUGCUUCCCCAAGCUCCUGAAAAUCACCAAGACACAGAGCUACGUCCUGAGCUGGAUCUCCCUGGGGACGGCGGCAAUGCAGACGGGAUCACGAGGUGGUCCAGGAUGGCCUUGAACCUGCAAUGACCCUCCUGCCUCCUACCUCAGCCUCCAGAGUAGUAGAAUUGCAGGUUUUCACCGCCAUGCCUGGCUAAGUAAUUCUUAAGAUAUGGUAAAAUAAGGGAAAGGAAAUGUCACAGAAGGAAAUAUAAAAGAGGGCUCUGAAGAAAGAACAGGACAGUGACAGAAACACAUGUCCUACUCCAUCAGCAAUUACAUUAAAUGUAAAGAGGCUAAACACUGUGGUCGAAAGACAGAGACCAGAAGAUGCAUCGGAAAACAUGGAGGAACACCGUGAGACCACGGAGGCGGUCUAGGAGGAGCACACGUUAGAUUCAAAGACACAGAUUGGAAUGUAGGGCUGAGAAUAUAGCUCAGUGGCACGGCACUUGCCCCCGGAGAGUGCAAGGUCGUGAAUUCAAUCCCCAGCACCAAAAAUAAAUAGAAAUACAAAAGGAUGGGGAAAGACACACCAUAUCAACAGUGGCCUGCGAGGACAGUGGUCCCUAAACUGAUAGUAGCCCAAAAACUAGAGACAAAGAUGGAAACAUG